AGGUGGCCGAUAGUUUUGACCUUCUCCAGCAUAAUCAUGAAUAGUCAGUCUCCACAAGCAAUGGGACCACGCGAGAUUCCUUUUUAGUUGUCUUGAGUCGUUCAAGAACACGUUGUUGCUAGGGAUUUGUUUUUCACCAUGGAUCGUCUUCAGUUUGGGUUGCAAGUCGGUGAUCGCAUUAAUUAUUUACACUGAUGAGAAAGAGUAUCUUCGCUGACUUUUUCAAGAGAGUUGCUUCCUAUUCAUGUUUCGUCAAAGGAGCGAUACAGACGUAUUAGUAGCUAUUUAUUGACUCGUAUCUUGACGCUCACCGACGUUAUGAUUUGGUAUCAUUCCGACUUGUAGUCCACUACACCUCAUCAUCAUCAUGAGCCAGAAGGGUACCGUUCAAAGUGUGCGAGCCAAUGCCAGCUUGAAGCCCCCUAUUAUCAACCCUAUCUUUCUGAAGCAACUCCAGGCUUCAAAUCUCAACUCCAGCCCAAUCGGAAAUGGUGGUCUACAAGGUAGCCAUUGUGAGAGGGUCGAGGCAUCCCCGCUCAAGAAGAUGAAUAAGGCCUUGAUAGGAACCCGCUACGUAUCCACAGAAAAACCCGGUUCAGAGCACGAGCACAUCAAAGAACGGGGCGCCCAAAAAUGCCACGCUUCACUUAAAAAUGUGACGUCUCCGAAGAAUCCAAACAUAUCGCCAUCAAUGGUGGCGACCUUUUCAAAUAUGACAGGUUUCAAGCGGAGACGUGAUGGUAAAUACCUGGAACGAAGACUCAAGAACAACCUAGCAGCUAAGAAAUCCCGGGAUCAGAGGAAAAUUCGUGAGCUCUCACUCAAUGACCGGGCUGGUUCUCUCAGUCAGGAAAACGCUUUGCUGAAGGCUGAACUAAGCCAGUUGCGACGCGAGCUGACGGCCUUGAGAGUAGCUCAGUUUCAAAAAGAGGUCCUCCAAGAGCAGCAACGUACCUCCGAGGGUCUCUUUUGGCAGACAGCCACCCUGAACUUCCUAAUUAAACAAUUGAAACGGUCCCAUCAACCUCACACCAACCGCGAGGAUUCAGAUCAUCCAUAUCCACUCAUCUCAUCAGAUUUGUGCCCCCAUUUUGCUCGAGAGAGUCAUGAUGAGAGCCAAGAGGACGAAGCAGACGCUACUGGUGUUCAGGACGAGAUUGACGUGGAAGAACACGAAAUUAAGUCAGAAGUUCAAACGGAUCAGGGUGACUGAGUAACUAUAUUUCUGUCAUACGUAAAUCAAUAAUGCACAACUGAUUUGUCUUGCAUGGACAAGGAUAAUAAUAAUAAAUAUCAUUGUCAUUCGUGUACGUGUCUUGGCACAAAAACGUUGCAUUAUUAUGGUUGUUUCACGUAUUCAUUAAUCCACGGCCGAUGGAUGCACUGGUUCUAAAUUAAGUCAGUAGCCACCUUUGGAGUGGGCCCAGUUUUCAGCUGAUGGAAGAGGAAACCACUCAUCAAUUUUGUCUGCAAAUCCCCUCAGCACAGCAAAGGGAUUGCUCAUCAAAUGCCGGUAAUUUCAAAGCCUUUGUUGCUAUUUCAGAAUGAAGGCAUUAAAUACUAGUUCCACUUUUCUGUACUUCAAGUGAGCAAGAUUUAGAUCCAAAUAUUGUCGUUGAGGAGACCAACGAAAACAAACAUUUUGUUGCAAGUUGCUCUGAGCA